CGAGAAUCGUUUUUAAUCUUCUCGAUUAAGGUCAAGUCAGUUUACAGAUUCCCCCAGCCACGAACUACCCUUUCUCUCCUACCAUGAUGUGGCAAGAGAGAAAGGCUGGGUAAAAUACUUUUUCUUGUCGCUUGAUCUCUGUGGUUCCGGAAAUGGUUCGACAUGGCAUGUUAUCGAGAGGUUGCGAAAAUUGUAGGAAACGGAAGAUCAAGUGUGAUCAAGCGCGGCCAGAUUGUAGCCAGUGCCUGAAGGGUGGGUGGAAAUGUCCACAAUACGGCGAUACCCUGGAGCGAAUAUUCCAGCGUCGCGGUCCAAGUGAUUUUGGAGAAGGGCAGAACUUGGCGCCUUUGAUGCCGAUGGGUCGAAGCUCCUCAAGUUUUCCUAAGCAGUCCCGGCUCUCUAGUACUAACUAUAUUUGUGGCUCAUCUUUUGUUACCAAAACGACAACAGUAUCCUCUGAACACCAUGAUUUAUCAUUCUGCGCCCCCUUAGAAAGAGGUAUUAUACAUCCAAUAAAUAGCCGGGCGAUAGAAUUCUUUCUUGCAUCUCAAAUUUUUCAUCAACCAGACAUUAUCCGAGGAUACUACGAGUAUUUGCCUGCAUUGACGAGAUAUGCCACUGUCGAUAAGAGACUGUUCAAUAGCUUGAGUGCUGUUGCGCUUGCUGCCUAUGCAUAUAACUUUCGGCAUGCGACUAUCUUAAAGAAGGCAAGAUGGUAUUACGGUCAGGCUCUUCAGUGUGUCAACAACGCUCUAUCAUCAAUAAACGAAUCAGUCCAAGACAGCACUAUUAUAUCUAUUUUACUGUUAAGCACGUUUGAGAAUAUGACUUGCGACGACCGAAAGUCAUUUCGAAACACAGAAGCUCAUAUGAUUGGUGUAAUGGCGAUUCUCAAUAUGCGGGGGCGCAGUCAAUUUGAGCCGCGCCACAGACUGCAAAUAUUUCAACACAUGUGUACAUGUCUCCAUCUGUCGUCAUUAAUACAUUCGAUUCGCAUUCCUAGACAAUUAAGAAUUCUACGUGCUCAUGCUGCGGAAUUUCUUGAUACAGAUGAUCCCGCCUGGAAGCUCUCUGGAAUCAUGGCAAAAUUAGCCAAGUUCCGUGAGGAUGUGAAGACUAAGGUUAUUCGCAAUCGUUCUGAUAUAGUGCAGUCUGCUUUGGAAAUAGAUCAGGACCUUACGCUUCUUGAGGACCAGAUGCCAUAUCAAUGGCAUUUCCAAACAGUGUCGCUGCCAACCAAGUGCCAUCUUGUCUUCGAUACUUACUAUCACAUUUACCCCGAUUUAUGGGUGGCAUGCACUUGGAACAAUCUUAGGACAUGUCGAUUACUUUUGCAUAAGGAAAUAUGCAAGCAGCUGCUUAAGGUCUCACAUACAGGGUUUGUGGCAGAAGGCUCAGUCUAUCAAAACUCAAAAAUGAUAUUGCAGCAAAUCAUCGAUGAAAUUUGCGCCACAAUACCUCAGUUUUGCGACAAUCUCUCGUCGCUUGCAGAUAGUAAGGCCCAUCUGGCGAAAUAUAGGAAUACCAUACCUGCCAAUGCCGCUGGAUAUUUUCUUAUGUGGCCUCUUCUCAACAUGAGCUCCAUUAUAGACUCAGAAAUACAACGGGAAUGGGUUGUACAUUGGACUUGUUAUAUCGGCCGGAAAAGCGGGAUCCAGCAAGCCUUUGUAGUUGCAGAUCUCUUGCGAACAAAACAAGAGUUUACGAUAUAGGGAGUAGUUGACGGAUUAGACCGUAUCAACGGGCUUGGACUUGUGUUAGCUCUUGCGUAAUAUAACAGCUGCAAAAUCUAUAUUUGGAAUUGUAUUUUUUUUCUUUUGUGGCAUAGAAUUUUUUGGACAGGACAGCCAUACAAACAACCUAAG